AUGAAUUAUUUCGACUUCGUUCGGAAAUAUCUCGAUAAGCUCUUGAUCGAUGUUUUGAACGAGGUUAUACUUAAAAUAGUCCACAGUGAGAAAACGGGCGUGUCUCAUGCCAUGCAGAUAGCGGCUAACAUCGCCGUUUUGGAAAAGGCGUUCGAUUAUUUUCUCCAGCACACGGCUCAACAGUGUGGAAAAAAUCCCGUUCGCUCGAUCGAUCGGCCGCAAAUUGGAUUAACGGCCAAGAUUGUCUUAAAAACAUCGAGGGACGAGGCAUAUCUCGCUCUCUUGAACCUGGUCAACUCGAAACUCGACGAGUUCAUGAAGUUGACCGAGAGCGUAAACUGGACUUCAGACGAGAUUUCUCAACACGGGAACGAGUACAUAAACGAGGUCAUCAUAUAUCUCGACACGGUCAUGUCGACAGCUCAGCAAAUCUUACCACUCGACGCUUUGUAUAAAGUCGGGAGUGGAGCUUUGGAUCAUAUCUCGAAUACUAUAAUGGGGGCUUUCUUAAGCCACAGUGUUAAGAGAUUCAAUAUGACAGCUGUCACGAGCAUUAAUAACAAUUUGAAGGCUUUGGAGUCUUUUGCGGACGAGAGGUUUCACUCGACCGGUCUGCACGAGGUUUAUAAAGACGGCGGGAGCUUUAGGGGCUGUUUGGUUGAGUCGAGGCAGUUGAUAAACCUUCUCACGAGCAGCCAGCCGGAGAAUUUCAUGAAUCCAGUGAUAAGAAGGUUGCGAGUAUUUGCGAGAAGUUUAAGGACUUGGCUGAUGGGCUUUUCGGCAGCCUCUCGAACAGAGCUUCUAAGCGGAGCGCGAGGAAGAAGUCGUCGGAUAUGCUGA